UACUAGUCAUGGAAAUGCUUAUCCAUAUUUGGAUAACUGAAGAUGGUUCAGAUAACAAGAUUCUUGCUUCAACUUAUUUCUUUCUGCGAAAUUUCACAAAAGCUAACCUUCCUCAAGCUAAAAUAACAGUCAGUAAUAUGACGUCCUUAUCUUCAAAUGAAGUAUCAUUUAGUCUCCAAUCUGAUGCAAUUGCAGUUUAUGUGAUGUUGGAUAGUGGAGCAUUGGAAGGAUAUUUCAGUGAUAAUGGGUUUUUAAUGAAUCCAAACAAAGUCUAUAGCAUGACAUUUACAUCUUGGACUGAUAUCACUGCUGAAGAUGCUACCAAGAACAUACAAACAAAGUCACUGUCUGAUACAUAUAAGGCGACUAUUUGAUUGCUGAAAUUAUAAUCUAAUAGAACUCGCUGCCUGCAUUUUUGACACUUUACUGCAUGCUCUAUAUAUGCCUUGGCUUUCUACUCUGUAUUUUAUUUUGAAAGUAUUGAAAGUAGA